CGGUGGCUCGAGCACGCGCGCUGCGGCAGCGUCCGCUCGACGCUGGGCGCGCACUGGGCGCGGGCAACCCUCGCGGCGCGAUGCCGCCCCUGCCGCUGGAAGAGCGCCUCCGACGCAUUCUCGGAAAGCGGCAGGAGUGGCCCAAGCUGAACCUCGUCCACAUGAAGCUGGGGGCGGCCGGCGUCACUGGCCUGAGUACCGGAGCGCAGGUGCAAAUUCUGUGCCUCUCCUCCAACGGCCUGGGUGACGCUGGCGCCGUGGCCCUCUCCAGAUGCCUGGCGUGCCUGAGGGGCCUGAGCAGGCUCGAGGCGAGCGACAAUGAGAUCGGCCCCACGGGAGCGCGGGCCCUGUGCGAUGCGCUCGCCGAGGGCGCCACGGUCAUGGUCGAGGAGGUCGUCGUGGCCAGCAACGAGCUCGGCUCGGAAGGGGCCGAGGCGUUCGCGGAGCUCCUCGGGCGGAGCGAGUGUCUGAGGGUGCUCAGCCUCCGCGACAACGGCAUCAACGGGGCCGGUGCCCGCGCCCUCGGCGGGGCCCUCGGCCGCAGCAGCCUCGCGGACCUCGACGUCGCAGAGAAUCAGAUCGGCGCCGCUGGCGCCGCGGCGCUCGGAGAUGGCUUGAGGAGCUCUCGCCUCGAGAGCCUCAACGCUCACCAGAACGGCCUUGGAGACGACGGCGUCGGGAACCUUGUCGGAGGAUUGGCUGCCUCUCACGAAUCUCGGCUCACGAUGCUGGACGUCAGCACGAACGCCGUGGGGGACCGCGGCGCCGACGCCGUGGCCUCGGCGCUGCAGGCGGCGGGCUCCUGCCUCCGGGAGCUGAGGGUCUCGAACAACGCGAUCGGGGCGCCGGGGGCAUGCCUGCUCGCGCAGGCGAUCCGCCAGAACAAGAGCCUCAGGGAGCUCUACCUCGGGGGCAACGCCAUCACCGUCGAGGGCCUCCGCGGCGUCGCGGCCGCGCUGGCGGCCAACGCCACGCUGGAGGGCGUCUGCUUCCGGUGCUGCGGGCUCGGCAACGAGGGGGCCGAGGCCCUGGGGAGCGAGCUCCACGCCAUGGGCGGGCUCAGGUGGCUCGGACUGCAGCACAACGCCAUCGGGGACCUGGGCGCGAGAUCCCUCGCGAACGGCCUCCGCGGCAACCUCAGCGUCACGUUCGUAGAUCUGCACAGGAACGAGAUCGAGGACGCGGGCGCUGCGGACCUCGCCGCCGUGCUGCGCGCCAGCGCCCGGUUCAAGAGCGUCACGCUCUCGCGCAACAAAAUCGGCGACCAGGGCGCCACGGAGCUCGCAAGCGCGCUCCGGGAGAACGGAGGCCUCGCGGAGCUGAACGUCAGCAAGAAUUGGAUCGAGUACGACGGCGGGCUAGCGAUCGCGGACAUGCUCGGGCGGAACGUCAGCCUCGAAGAGCUCUACCUCCGUAGCAACAAGAUCUGGAUCCAGACCGUGGAGCGGCUCGCGGAGCUGGUGCCCCGCAAUAGCACGCUGCGUGUCCUCGACGUGGGCCGGUGCCAGAUCGGCGUCAAGGGGGCCUUGGCCAUGCAGGGGCUUCUUGGGAAGUGCGCGCAGCUCAGGUCCCUCUGGCUCGACGGCAACCAGAUCGCCGACAAGGGUGCCGCGUCUAUCGCGGCUGGCGCAACGAGUCACAGGGAAUUGGCGGAGCUCUUUCUGUCGAGCAACGACAUCGGCGACACGGGCGCCAGUGCUUUCGCCGAGGUCAUCCGUGAAAGUCGUCUCGCCGUCCUCGACCUGGAUGGGAAUGCCAUCACGGACAGGGGAGCGAAUCUCUUGGCGGACUCCAUCCGCAGACGGGGCAGGCCGCUGGCCGAGAUCGGCCUCCGCGACAACGUUGGCAUCACGGAGGCCGGCAAGAAGAAGCUCAUUGACGCCUCGUGGGCCCACACGUCUCUCCCGAAGAUCAGGCUGGGGGCCACUGAAGAGGCCGACGGCAAUGCCAACGAGUGAUGACUGCUGGAGCAGGGCCGCACGUGACUGUGCCUGCGCAUGCGGUCCUGUUGGAGAAGGCAUCUCGAGCGCAGCCGCUUGCUAGGUUAGCCGCCCAGGAGGCGCACCCGCUGAAGGAAGGUCCCUUGGAUUCCGAUUCAGGCGACUUACUUCAGCAGUCCCGAGCUCGUGCAAGCACGAGGGAGGGCCUCCAAUGUUUUAGGAUUCUUCGCUCAGCAGCGGUUUCGAGGAUGCCUUCGUCGCGUCCGACCCCGCCUGUCUUCGCGAGCCAGAAAUUAGCCGAAACGUGCGAACGC